AUGAAUACGACACUCACGAGAGAACCCUCAAACGACGAAAUCCGGAAAGCUAUUUCCGAGAUCAAUCCCGAAAAAGCCCCAGGACCGGACGGGAUGACUGGAUGUUUUUAUCAACAAUUCUGGGACACAACCGCCAGGGACAUCAUUUGCAUGGUCAAGGAAUUUUUCUCGUCCAAUAGGUUGGAUCCACGCUUGAACCAAACCAAUAUUUGCCUGAUUCCCAAGACGGAGAGACCAAGGGAUAUGACGGAGUUUCGACCCAUCAGUUUAUGUAAUGUGAGCUAUAAGAUCAUCUCUAAGAUAUUAAGCAACCGGCUGAAGCGUUGUCUUCCAAAAAUAAUAUCUGAAACACAAUCAGCCUUUGUGGCAAGAAGACUCAUUACCGAUAACAUCUUAAUAGCUCAGGAAGCUUUCCAUGCCCUACGUACCAACUCGAUGUGUAAAGCCAAGUUUGUGGCAAUAAAAACGGAUAUGAGCAAAGCAUAUGACCGCGUCGAAUGGAACUUCCUGGAGGCUUUGUUGCUUAAACUCGGUUUUGCUGAAACCUGGAUUUCAUGGAUAAGAUCGUGCAUUUCGUCGGUAUCUUAUCAAGUUUUGAUAAACGGUGAGGCAAAAGGAAGUAUUAACCCAUCAAGAGGCUUGAGACAGGGUGAUCCGCUCUCUCCCUUUUUGUUUAUCAUUCUCACAGAAGUGCUCAUUGCCCAGCUAAGAGGUGCAGAAGAGGAAGGAAGGAUCACAGGCUUGAAAAUCGCGAGAACAAGCCCCUCGAUAUCACACCUGCUCUUCGCCGACGACAGCUUGUUCUUCUGUAAAGCCGACGUCCUGCAAUGUGCAGAGCUCAUGAAGAUCAUUAAGUGUUAUGGCCUAGCUUCAGGACAGCAAUUGAACACAUCAAAGUCAUCUAUCUUUUUCGGGAACAAGGUGCCACAAGAGCUACGAAGAUCUUUAAAAAAUACUUUGGGUAUAUCAAAAGAAGGGGGUAUGGGCACAUAUUUAGGAUUACCAGAAAAGAUAUGUGGCUCGAAAAAGCAAGUUCUUGCCUUUGUUCAAGAUCGAUUAAGCCAGCGAAUAAACUCUUGGUCAGCCAAACUGUUAUCGAAAGGUGGUAAAGAAGUUCUCAUCAAAUCAGUAGCUCAAGCCUUACCCACUUAUGUCAUGUCAUGCUUUCUACUCCCGCAAGAUGUAAUAAAAAAAACUCCAAAGCGCCAUAUCGAACUUCUGGUGGAGUAA